AUGAGCCAAAGUAACUUGACUAAACAAAUGUCGGGCAGUAAAAUUCUGGAGAGCAAUGUAGAAGCCGAGUUUGAGGAUUUAAAAGUUGAAGAAGUUCAAGAUGAUAGUGAUGACGAUGGUGAUAAUAAAUAUCAAUACAAAGUGAUUAUUGUUGGUGAUGGUACUGUUGGUAAAACAUCAACAAUUAGAAGAUUUACUGAGGACGAAUUCCAGCAAUCCUAUGUAAGGACUGUUGGUGUUGAUUGGUUCAUCAAGAAUGUUUCGAUAGUUGCCGAAAUUCCUGCUCAACAAGCAGCCCAUACCGAGUCAUCUGAAGAGGGAUCACAAAAGAAAACCAAAAAGAUUGAAGUUUGCUUUCAAAUUUGGGAUGUUGAGGGUCAAAGUUUGGGAUCAAAAUUAUUGUCUAGUUAUAUUUAUGGUUCCGAUGCUGUUAUCCUUACUUACGAUAUUACAAAUUUGGAAAGCUUUAAAAACUUGGAAGAAUGGUUAAAAUACGUGAAACAUAUUUUCUCUGAUAGUUAUGAAGGAAGAAAGAGUUCUGAAAAAUCUAAAGAUCCAGUUAUUUGUAUAUUUGCUAACAAGUGUGAUUUGAGUCACGAAAGAAAAGUCAAAAGAGAAACCCACGAUGAAUGGGCAGGAUAUCACAAAUUAUCUUCUUUCUUUGUUUCUGCUAAAACUGGUGACAUGGUAAAUUUAUCAUUUAUCAAGCUUGCUGCCAUGUUGGUUGGAGUGCAACUUCCUCAAGGACAAUUGGAAGGUGCUACUAAGGUAAUUGUAGCUCCAAUUAUAAAUUACACUGCAGAAGAUAAGAGUGAAACUGAAAGUGAGCCAAAAGGAAAAGUUGUAAAGAGUAGAACAUGUUGCAUUUCAUAAUUCAACUAAAAUAAAUAUCACUAAAAUUGAU